AUGGGUUUCGUGGAGCUCGCGACUUUCGUGCUCGGCCACUUCAGCGGCGUGCUGCUUUUGUCCGUAGCCACGCUUUCGGGACUCUGGCUCUUGAGGAGACAUUUCGUUGAGCAUCAGUUCUUCAAGAAACAUGGAAUCGAUGGACCAAAGCCUGAUCUCCUGUUCGGCAAUUAUCUACAACUUAAAAAUAGGGUCCAUCUACUCUCCGAAUGGAUCGCCAAGUAUGGCGACCACUUCGGGAUGUACAACGGCGCCGAGCCCGUGAUCAUUUGCAGCGACCUCGAUACAAUCAAAGAAGUUCUCGUGAAGGAAGCUGCCUCAUUCGUGGAUCGCCCCGAAGGUGCAAUGAACGAGGAGCCCUUCAAGAGUUCCAUCCUGUUUCUGAAAGGCGAAAAAUGGAAAUCUGUUCGAAGUGUCAUGACUCCCUCGUUCAGUGCUGCGAAGAUGCGGUUGAUGAAAGAUCUCAUCCAGGAGUGCGUCACAAUAUUCGUGGACAUCGUGAAGGAGAAAGCCGCCACCGGUGAAACUUUCGACAUGAACCACGUAGCUCAAGGUCUAACUCUGGACGUAAUCGCUCGUUGUGCUCUAGCCAUGAACACCGACUGUCAGCGCAACGAAGGCGGACUCCGGAAAAACACGAAAGAAUUCUUCGAUCAGGCCGAGAACGGCGUUGUUGAUUUGGCGCACGCCUUUCCGUUUCUGGGACCAGUCUUCGGCUUCCUCUACCGGAGCUUUGGGACCGGCGGGAUCAUAAAGGCCAUCUUGGAGAACUUGGAUUACGCUAUAAAAUUACGUCGCGCAGGUCAAGUCCCGAAGCAGCCAGAUAUCCUGCAGCUUCUGCUCGAUGCUCAGGAGACCACUGGUAAAAUAAACGACAGGGAACUCAUGGCGAACUCGUUCAUCUUUCUGGUAGCGGGCUUCGAAACCAGUGCGACCGCGUUGGCCUUCAUCACACAGGUUCUCGCCGCGAGACCCGACAUGCAAGAGAGAAUCGUCGCCGAGGUAGAGAAGCUCUUCCCCGGGAAAACUGAACUCUCCUAUGAAGAUCUGAACUCUCUGAAAUUUCUUCAGAAUUUCAUCGACGAAUGCCUUCGCGUCUAUCCGCCUAUAAUUUUAUUCGUUUCGAGGCACUGCUCGCGGGACAUAACGAUCAAUGGACGAUUCUUCCCGAAAGGCUGCAGCGUGGUGAUCCCGGUGUACCACAUACACCACAGUCCUGAGCACUGGGAUGAGCCGGAAGAGUUCAGACCUGAAAGAUUCGCCGCGGAUGGGGAGCGACCUCUGCACCAGGCUCAGUUCCUGCCCUUCGGUUUGGGACCACGAGUCUGCAUCGGCAUGAGAUUCUCUCUGUUCGAAAUCAAGAUGGCCAUUGUUAAGAUGCUCACCGAAGUUCGACUCGAGCCCGGCGAUGGUUUCGAAUCGACGCCCGAAUUGAAAGUUCCCAGCGUCAUCAUUAAUCCGAAGCAUGGUAUACCCGUGAGAGCGAAAUUUGCCCGUUAG